CUUCCGAACCGUCGCCCCGCCGUCUUCUCCGGCCUCUUGAAAUGCAGCGCACCCCUUUAUCACUGCCAUCUGAAGCCAUUCUCCUGUCAUUCCCCCUCCGAUCCAAGAGCUGUUGUCGCCGCGGCCUACUGCUCCUCGUCCAUGCCCAACAUCAAGCAUCGGAGCUACGCCAUGCCCACCAAGACAAGGGGCCGCGGCACUGCACCCCCGUGUUGCCGACUUGCAGUCACAUUGGUCCUCGGCCAUCUCCGUCAGCAUCAGCCUGAUGCGCAGGCACCAAGUGCAACGACCCGCCUACGGUUGACGCCAUCGAGGGCUCCAAGAUCAUCAAGGCCUACACGCUUGUUGGAGCAUCACCUGUUCGACGAAAUGCCUCGCUACCCUGACCCAACGGCAGAGGCGUCUGCUGGAAGCGGUCGCACGGUUGUGGCCCCGGCGCUCGCUCCCGGGACGGAGUACGGGAUCGACGACCUCCCCCGCGACCUUCUGCUCCGCGUCCUCUCCUGCCUGGACGCACGCCAGGUCGUGCAGACGUGCGUGCUGUCGCAGCUGUGGCGCGACCUCUGGCGCGACGUGCGCCGCAUCAACGCCUCGCGCCGCGAGUUCGAGAUCAAGAACGACGGCGACUACGACGCGCGCAACCCGCUGUUCAAGAAGCUUGUCAACCGUUUUCUCAUGCUCCGUAACCCGGUUCCCUUGGAGGAGUUCCGCCUCUGGUACUGCAGCCGUUCACAGAUCAAAGGCGACCACGAAGAAGCUAACCUAUGGAUCGGCAACGCUUUGCUCUUUAAUGCUCGGUCUGUCGAGGUUUACGUCUGGGGUGAUAAAUUGGACAUCGAUCCUGCAGUGUUUACUUCAGAGCACUUGAGGAGCCUGCUUUUUGAUGGAGUUAUUUUGACCCCUGGUUUCUUUAGGCAACUCCAAUCCGAGUGCAGAGCAUUGGAACGUCUGAUCUUACAGGACUGCCCCAUUACUGACGUUGAGAUUUCCUCCCAGACUCUGAAGUUUUUGUCCAUUGGGCAGGAGUGUUUGUUUCAAUCUGAUGAUCAGGCUUCUAUUUGCACUCCAAACCUCAUUCAUUUUGGCUUCUUUGCUCACGCUCCUCAUCCUAGAAUACCUUUACUGAAGAACAUGGAAUCACUAGUGACAGCAUACAUUACACUCGAUGGGUUUCAGUUCAAUGAUACUCUGGUUGAUGAUAUCCGUCAAUUUCUCUUGGGCCUUUCUUGUGCCAGAAAAAUGGACUUGUAUUUUGGACAAACAAAGCUGGCCAUACUCGGAAAUAAUUUGCAGUGGUGCCCAAAAUUCAACAAUCUUAAGCUGCUGACUCUUGGCACAUGGUGUCUGGAUGCAAAUUUCUAUGGAUUGAUAGUCUUCCUUCAGAACUCACCUAAUCUUGAGAAGCUAACUCUGGAACUAAAAGAGUAUGUUGGUGCACCUAAAGCACUCAUGGGCGAGCAAGGAAAUAGAUCGUUUGCAUGUGAGCACCUUAUGACUGUUGAAAUCAUUUGCUCGGAGCAUGGUCCCAUGAUCGACAGGCUGAAGGAGCUUUUGCUUGGGAGUGGCAUGACCCCUUGUCAGAUUCAUAUCAGGCACUAGAUAAAGCUCAUUUCGUACAAUUGAACCUUUUCAAACUGUUUCUUGUCCCUUCGUUUAUUUGUGUAUUACAAGAACGUAUGCUUGUUUAGCUGGGGUCAGACUCUGUAGAAAACUUUUUCAGUUUGAAUGGAUGGAUGGAUGUAUGCAUGUUCUGAUGAAAUACAAUCAUGUAGACGUCAACAUUGUGUUUCCUAAGCGGCCUUAUGGUGGAUGCAUCUUCGGAGGAACCGGUCAUUUUCCUAUGUAACUGAUCAAUUUCAAUGUAAUAACGACAAUCUUUUGGAAGCAUAUUUAUUUGGGUGAA